AUGAAACUCGCACUCGUUCUCGUCGCCGUGUGCGUCACCUCCGCGUCCAGAGCACACGACGUCAGCUGGCCCCACGACCAAGUCGAAGCCGCGCAGGCUCUGGUGUCAUCAGGCGCCAGCCACAAAGAGCUCCAGGUGACGUCCGUACUGCAACGGCACUUGCAAACCAAUGACAGCUCACCACCGGAACCAGGGACGACGACGACGACGACGCCACCCACGACCAGCGAGCCGUCACCCUCAACGAACCCGUCGCCGGACUCGACAACCGAGUCGCCAAGUACGACCACGACACCCGCGCCCGCCCCCAGGACCCCACCCCCAGAAGAGCCCUCGACGCCACCGACUGCGACACCUCGUGAAACCCCUAGCCCCACGCCAAGUGACCCUCCUACCCCUAGUACCCCCAGUACCCCGCCAACAACCGAAGCCCCACCUCCACCUCCUCCUCCAUCUCCGUCUCCAUCUCCAGACACUCCUCCAGUAAGUACGACCACACCAAGUCCGUCAACCGACGCGCCCGAUACGUCGCCACCAGAGGUACCCUCCCCGUCUCCAUCCGGAGAGACGCCAAGUGAAACGACGACACCAGCAGAAGGGACAGGAGGUCCACCAACGGAAGAAUCGACCGAUGCCCCGCCCCCAGAGACGUCGCCGUCCGUCCCGUCUGAAGACACGACGCCACCGUCGUCACCAAUAGCAGCGCCUUCUGUUGAAAUCCCCACGUCUGAUGCUCUUGUAAACGCCACAACAACCGCGUCCGGUUCCGGCUCGUUCUCUGCUGCUGCUGAUCCAGCAGCAGACGCGUCGACGGCGUCGAGUAUGAGCACGGGAGUCGUCAUUGGCAUCGUCGUGGGUAUCGUCGUGGCUGUAGCCGUUAUGGCCGUGAUCGUCAUGUGCAUCGUGCGUCGACGCCGGGAAGCAGAAGACGAUCCGCUGUCGCCCUUUGAGCUUUCCAUGGACAAGGGGUUCAACCCGACGCCUGUUGGCUUCACGGGUCAGCACUCGCACAAUCCACGGGCGAUGGCUGCUGCAGCGGGCAAUGGAGGGGUGAUGACCAGCACACGGACGCCACCGGCAGGAACAGUAGCAGCAGGUGGCGUCUAUGCUCAGUUUUACGACAAUUCGAUCACGUCUCCUGGUUCGAUGAACCGACUCGACGCGAACAUGGACUCGACACAAAGUGACGCUGCGGCCAAUGGCACGAAUCUGUGGUUGAGUGCGAUGGAGCCGAAGGACAACGACUCGUACUUGAGCGCACAGGAGUCUCCGCGCUCCUCGCGGGACAGUAGUCGCAAUAGCUACGACAUGUCGUCUGGCCCACGAGGUGACGUGGACGAGCGCAGCCAACUCAGUGGACACAGUGGUAACAAGGGGAGCGAUGAGUUCCCCGACCACCACGACGACAAUGACUCGGCUCGUGGGUCUUACGAGCUCUAA